AUGGUAUAUGAUUUCAUUGUAGUUGUAAGACACCUUGUAUUAUUGUUUACAUCAACUGUUUGGUGCUGCGAUGUCUCUAGAGAUUCGGGACGACUCAUUAGAGGAAGUGCUGACCAGACUGCGAAGCUAUGGAAUGUGCAGAGUGGUCAGCAAUUGUUUACUUUCAAUUUUGACUCCCCUGCAAGGUUUGUUGACUUUUCCGUUGGUGAUAAGCUUGCUGUUAUCACCACUGACCCAUUCAUGGAACUCACUUCAGCAAUCCAUGUCAAACGCAUUGCAAAAGAUCCUGCAGACCAGACUGGGGAGUCUUUGCUUGUUAUUAAGGGCCCUCAGGGAAGAAUCAAUAGAGCCAUAUGGGGCCCCCUCAACAGAACCAUUAUCAGUGCCGGAGAAGAUUGUAUUAUUCGUAUUUGGGAUUCUGAGACAGGAAAUCUACUUAGGGAGUCGGACAAGGAAUCCAGCCACAAAAAGACAGUAACAUCACUGGCCAAAUCUGCGGAUGGCUCACAUUUCUUGACGGGCUCCCUUGAUAAGUCUGCUAAGAUUUGGGAUAGCAGAACAUUGUCUCUAAUCAAGACAUAUGUGACAGAACGCCCUGUCAAUGCAGUUGCAAUGUCGCCUCUCCUUGAUCAUAUGUAUUGA